GUCGCUGAUUUUCCGACGAUCCACAAAUAAAUUCACUUCUCUCUCUACAAAAUCCACGCAAUCUUCAUUUCCUAUAUUUUCUCUCUCCACACACAUUAAUGGCAGACCUUCAUUACCUCUGCCGAAGCUAAGAAGCUGCGAUUCUCGGCAUCUGAUUCAGCUCACACCGUAAAAACCGAUAAUUGCUCGAUCGCGUAGCUGAACAUCCGAUCAAUUCCCCCCAUUUUCUCUGGAUUCUCGAUUUAAGGUUGAUGAAGCUUGUAAUCGGUGUUUGCUGUUCCGAUCGUUCGUGCCAAGCUAUAGUCUUAUGGAAAUACCCUGAAAUCGAACCGCAUUUUGUUUAUUCAGGAGGAACUUUGAAGGAGAAGCGAGGAUUGAGGAAUCGUUGUUGGAGUAAUGGCGAAAGGGGAAGAGGAGCGGGGCGUCUUUCCAUUGACGAGUUUGCAGAUUGGGGAUCUGCAGGCCUACCUUUCACAUCUCCACUUAUUUCUAGCAUCUGAGAGUGGGAAUUUCUAUAUCUUGGUGGACAAUAGGCCAUGGUUGAAAGAUCUUGCGCCUCUGCCUACUCAUUGGUGGCAAUGGAUGGUCACUAAGUCCAGGUUGUCCCCAUUCGCGAACACAAGGGGCAAGAAGGAAAGAAUGACAACUGAAGAACUUCCAGAACCACAGACUUCUUCCCCACCACCUACCAGAAAAUUAAGAGUUCUCCGAGAGUGGUUCCAUGUCAUCGAUGCUGUGGUUGGAUCCAGGAAGGAUGCUUUGCGUCCAGUAAAGAAGCUUACAACCUCAUUGAUUGCAAAUGGCUUGAUACAGAGCAGUCUGUAUGGGUUCAUUGUAUUUGAGGUUGUGUGGAGCAAUGUUCGUGGAAUCAAUUAUUAUAAUGAUCUUCAGACAGAUACAUCACUUGCAAUAGAGGCUAAGAUUAUGCGAAGAUGGGAAUUCGACAGUAUAGCACAAGCUGUGUGGAGCAUAGCCUCAUGGUUUCCUGGGACGAUGGAAGAACAUAUUCUGCUGAAGGAGCAUUUGGAAGUCACAUUAGGAGAGGAUUACUAUGAUUCUGAAGAAAGUUUCCUGACGAUUAUUGAUGAGGAUGGGGACGAAACUACUAGUGAUGUUACACUUGCUGGGAGUGAAACUCCCGGCACUCUGGAGCAUACACCUAGCGUGUGUCCAGAUACAACUGAGAGUAUAAAUGACACACACCGUGUGUCUCCUACCCUCAAUGAGCCUCCCAGAAGAUGCAAACUUUUUCGCUCUAGUCACUAUGAAGCUAAGCACGCUUCUAGCUCUGGAGAAGCAAACAGUGAACCGAAUGGAAUCUGUUCGAAGACCUCUGAUGUAAGUGACACUGAAGAAAAAAUCGAGGUCACAAUCUAUCGUGAUGUUUUGAUUCUAUUCAAGUUCAGUGAUCCCUAUCUCCCUUUCAAGUUAAAGGACAUAAUAAUGCCAAAACUAAGGCUACUCACUCUACUUGAAGCUGGACUUCCAUCAUGGGUUAUUUUCCUGCAGUCUUACCCAGGAUUUUGCCGGCUCUACCGACCAUGGAUGUGCCCUCUAGCACGAGGCUUAUAUGUCCUUAUCUCAGUCGUUACUGUCCUCAUUGGCUUCUAUGACUUAUACAAGAAUGUACCUCUGCUUAAGGCGACAGUUUCUAGAAUGUUCGGACCCCUCUGCGACUGGAUAGAUGCAUGGGAAAUGACUUCAAGGAUUCAGUAUUUAGGAACUAUGCUGUUUCUUCAUAACUUCCAAAAGGCCAUGAAAUGGUUCCUCACUGCAACAAGGACCAUUCUCUCCUUCCUCUCAUUCUGUGUUAUGCCAUUGGCUCGGCCCUUUGCUGAGGUCUUGGAACUCUUCUUGCCCCUUUGGAAUCUGUUCACACCAGUAGCACAGGAUUUCUUCUCAGUGAUUUCGGCAGUGGUGGAAUCUUCCUUCACGAUGAUAGGUGACAUUUUGGAGAUCUUCCUGCUGCCGGUGUGGUACUUGUUCAAUGUAGCUUGGAAUGUUUCCACAAAAUUUGUAUACUCUGUAGCAUGGAUACUUUUUUACGCUCCGUUUAGGCUGCUCUUGGGGUUCUGCCGUAUUCUUGCGUCCUCAAGUUCGUUCUUAUAUGCCUUGUUUAGAGAUGUGUGGAUGUCUACAAGGAGCAUCUUUAUGGUGACAAGGAGUGUUCAGUCAACAGUGAGCACAGUUGAGAUUUCAAUGUGGCGUUCCCUUUGGAAUGACCUUUUCUCUCAGGUAGUUUGCUGCACAACUGAAACCUGCUUGAUUACUAGUGUUUUGCAUAUUUGAUCUUCUUGCAAUUUUUAAUGUAUGCAUAUAUGUUAUGUUUCUUUUGAUCAGAUUUUUCGUGCUCUCCGGAGUAUUUUCCACGGUUUAGUGGCUUUCCUUGCUGCCUGCAAUAGGCAUCGGCUCAGGUAUGACAUUGAUAUAAUUAUAUUAGUUGAUAUAGGGCUGGAAACGAGCCGAGCCUACCAAAACACUAGCAAGCCUGAACUUAACACAUUUGGCUUUUACUUAGGCUCCACCUUGAUACAUAUUUGAGUUUGGCUCAAAUCAAAAUAGUUAGGCUCGUGCACAGCUCGAGCUGGGUUUGUCAUUUAUCAAGUUACAUAAAAUUGGGGGGGGGGAUCUAAUUCGAGCUUGUGAACUGGGUUGAAAGCAGAAUAUUGGGCCGAACUUCACUUGGUAUAGGUUCAUAGGCAUGCAAACAAACAAGUUAGUGAGCUAACAAAAGGGAAUAUAAUAAACUAAUGAUUGGAUCUCAAUGCAUUUUAAUUAAUUGAGAUCCAAGUAGAGCUCCUUUACAGGUUCAAUUAGCACAUUUUGCCCGGAGACAGUUCAAUGCAGAGGGGAGCUUCAGCACCCUCAACCAUUUUUUAAAAUUUGAACCUCAUAGUAUUAUUUUGGGGGAGCAGUUGAUUUUAGCAUGACAUGAAAUCUUCAACCAGAAAUCCUAACCCAGACUUACGGAAUGCAGCACCGUUUUUAUCUUUGGACGAACGCUAGCUCGUCGGUCUGACAAUUUUUUUCAAUGCAGUAUCUAUAAUCAUGUGCGUGAGUUCAUUCAAAGAUCGUUAAGAGCCAUGAGGAAUGCGUGGCAUCAAGAAAAAGUUGGGAUUAGUGUAAGUCCAAAAGAACUGUUAUCCCCUCCCCCUUGAAUGUGCAGAAGUGAUAUUCAAUUUGAUUUAUGCAUCCGCUGGAAGUUUUUGACCCAAGAUUCAUAUGACAGUGCUCCUCCGUGGAAAGAGUCCUUUUAUCAAGUGAAGAAGUCCAAGAAGGACAUAUAACAUCUCAAUCAGAGGUAACCA